AGUGCAUCCCAGUGAGUCCUACCUUUAAAACCUGUGGAAAUACAUGAUGAGGGCGUGGGCGUGUGCGUUAGCUGUGGUCGUCGUGUCUGCGUUGGUGGGCGGCCAGAACAGCCAGGACGUGAGGCUAGGGCUCGUGGCGUCUCAGCUGGGUGUCCAGCCCGUUCCAGGAAGCCAGACAGGUCAGCAGAUAGGUAACCAGAUCGCAGGACCUCAGAGAUGUAUCUGUCUCCCCGUGAACCAGCGGUGCAUCUACGACGGCGGCUCAGGCACGACGACUGGCGCAGGAGUCUUUGAUGUCAGGAUCGUGAACAGGCCCGGAGCAGGCGGAGAGUGUGGCAUCCCGGGGCAGAAGAUAUGCUGUCCCCCAGGUGUCAGACCCGCGGGGCCAGUCCGCCCUCCGCCCGUCGCCCCCCAGCCUGUGCCCAUUCAGCGUUCGGGCUGCGGCUCCCAGAACCCCAUUCCGUACAGACAGGCACAGUAUGCUGAGGCGACCUUCGGCGAGUACCCUUGGAUGGUGGUCGUCCUGGACUUCGGUGACGGCUACAAGGGCGGCGGAGUCCUCGUCGCCCCCGACUGGGUCCUCACCGCUGCUCACAAAGUUUACAACGAGAGGAGCCUCAAAGUCCGCCUGGGCGAGCACAACGUCCGUCAGCGUCAGGAUCACCCCAACUACGCCCACCUCGAAGUCCCGAUUGAUAGGAUCAUCAUUCACCCCAAUUUCGACAACCAAGCUCUCCUCAACGACGUGGCUCUGCUGCACCUCGCCCAGCCGGUCAACGUGAAUCAGUACCCGCAUAUAGGGACGGCGUGUUUGCCUUCCCCUCGCCAGAUCUUCAAUGGGCAGACGUGCUGGGUCACCGGCUGGGGCAAGGACGCCUUCCAGACAAACGGCAAUUUCCAAGAGAUCCUGAAGGAGGUGGACGUCCCCAUCGUCGACCCGUUCCGGUGCCAAGCUAGCCUCCAGCAGACGCGCCUCGGACCCUCCUUCAGCCUCAACCAGCAGUCCUUCAUCUGCGCUGGAGGAAUCGCCGGCAAGGACGCUUGCACGGGCGAUGGCGGAUCUCCCUUAGUAUGCCCCACGCAGAACGGGUGGACUGUCGUCGGCCUCGUAGCCUGGGGUAUCGGGUGCGCCCAGGGUAACGUCCCAGGAGUCUACGUCAACAUACCCAACAUGAUGGACUUUAUUGGGCAAUACGUGAGAUAUUAGAAGGAAGGGCCCACAAGAUCAACCCCUCUCUACAAAACAAACUACUGAAACAUUCCAUCUAUGUGUACAUACCCCUAAACAUAUAAAUAAUUAUAAUAAUAGUUGAAAAAAACGAUGAUUGUGAUUCCUGGUUAAUGUUUACUUAUUCGAGUACAAAUUUACCAGGAAAUUCGAGGGAUACGUGUGUAUUUCUUUACGAGUAAGAUGAAGUUACCCUCACUUUCACUAAUACAUUUGUACUUUUUACAGAAAAAUAAUCUAAAUGGGGAUGGAUGAAAUGACAUAUUUAUUUUCCUCAGGGUGUGAGUAACUUUUUAAAACAAAAUGAAAGAAAAGAAAGUAUUUUUUCUCCUGUGGCGUCCUCUUUAUGGUGCCGAUAAGAUUGAAAGUGUUUACAUAAAACUUCAGGCGGGAUGAAUGAUUUCUAUUACUACUUCUGUGAUGUUAUUCUUUUGUUUUUAACCUAUGAUGGUGCAAUAAAUUACGUAUUAUUUU